CAAGGCAUCCGAGAGGCGUAAUUGGAAUCCGCUUCCUCCUUCCUUCCUUCCUCUCGGUGGGUAUUAAACCCAACCCAGAAUUGGGGGCGGGGGCCGGGGCGGGGGCGAAGUUGCCCGAAGCUAGAGAUCGAUCGAGUAGGGAGGAGAGUGUCGACAGACAGAAUCGGGAUGGCCGAAGCUAUUCCUAACUUGGAGGUUGACAUCGUGGUGGUGCCGUUCCCUAACGCCGGACACAUCUUCCCGGCCACCCAACUCAGCGCUCACUUCGCCCGCCGAAACUACAGGAUCAUCCCCUUGCCGGACCCCUUCCGCGUCCAGGCCAAGCCCGUCGAGGACGCCCUCGACUCUCUCCUCCUCGCCUUCUUCGCCCGGAACACCUCCCUCCUCUGCGUUGUCGUCGACGACAUGCUCAGCGGCCUCAUCGACACCUGCCUCGCGCACUCCGUCCCCGCCGUCAGCCUCUUCACGUCCGGCGCAUGCGCCGCAGCCCUCGACUACGUAUCCUGGCAACUGGACGUCGACGCCCUCCCCGACUCCUCCGCCGCGGUUCCCAUCCCCGGCCUCCCCGACGACAUAGCCCUCACCCCAGCCGACAUCCUCAGCAUCCGCCACAAGCCCUUCGGCGGCCCGGCUCGCCCCGGUGGACCUCGCCGCCAGAGGGGCGUCGAGGGGGCCGACGGCGCCAUCGCGCUGCUCAUCAACACGUGCGGCGAUCUGGAGCGUCCCUUCUUGGACUACGUCUCCAAGGCGGCGGGGAAGCCGGCCUGGGGCGUCGGCCCGUUGCUGCCUGAUUCGUUCUGGCGAGCCGCGGCGGGGUCGACGGGGGAGGGCGAGGUCCGUUCCGGGAAAGAGUUCGGCGUGGACGUGAAGGAGCUCGUGCAAUGGUUGGACGCGAAGCCAACGGGAUCGGUGAUCUUUAUCUCGUUCGGAUCACUGGUCGCCCCCUCAGGCGAGGAGCUGGCCCAGCUUGCGGCUGCCUUGGACGACGUGAACCUGCCGUUCGUGUGGGUUAUGCAGCCGGAGGCGGAGGCGGAGGCGGAGGACGCAAUGGGACAGCCGACGGAGAGCGGUGGCCGAUUGCUGCUGCAGGCAGAGGAAGUGGCAAAGCGAAGGCAGGGAAUGGUAAUCCGAGGGUGGGCGCCUCAACUGUUGAUCCUAGGCCACCCAGCGGUGGGGGGUUUCUUAAGCCACUGCGGUUGGAAUUCGACGGUGGAAGCGGUGGCGCGCGGGGUGCCGAUUCUGGCGUGGCCCGUGCGGGGGGACCAGCACCAUAACGCCAAGUUGGUAGUGAGUCACCUCAAGGUGGGGUGCGCCGUCCGACGCCCCGUCGACGGGUUGAGCUCGGCGACUGCAGUGACGAAGGAGAACUUGGCGAGCGGUAUCCGAAGAUUGAUGGGCGACGAAGGCAUCAGGAGGCGCGCGCGGGCAUUCUUCGCCGACGGAUUUCCUGAGAGCUCGUCUUCCUCCCUGGAUGCUUUUUUGGAAUUGGCCUCGUCUCAAUUUCGGCCAGGAUUCUCGUACUGAGUAUUCUUACGGUCUACGGAGAUGCCCUCCCUAAUCACCAUGAUUCAAUACAAAUGUACGACCAUUUUCAAAAUAAGUAUGAAGUAUGCCCAGAUUCAAUACAA